CCUCUCCCGGGCACUAUGGGAUGCCUGUCUCGCUGCCCAGCGGAACGGCCCAGCACGCUGCUGUGUUUACAGCCGCUCUCCAGGGCCACCCGGGCUCCCGGAGCAGCCGCGGGCGGAGCGCUCGGGGACGCGGCUCUGCCGGGCUCCGCUCCGGACCGGCGCACAUCCCGCUGGGCCGAGCCGCCGGCUGUGCGCAACGCCCGGGAAAACGUCUCUCGCUUCCGGCACGUGGAACUCGUAAUUAGGCAACCGGCCUGGAGCAAUGACCAGUCCUGGAAAGGAAAAUCUGAUUUGCAUCUGGGGCCGGGGCCUGACGUCAGCCGGAGCAGGAAGCAGCGCUCGGAGCCUGCCGGGGAUCGCUGCCUGGGUCGCGGGCUCUUUCCGCGGCAGCGACCCCGCCUGCCGGGCUGCGACAGGCUGCGAGGGCAGCCCCCGGAGAAGAGAAGUCUCUGGGGGAACAGAGGAGAGGCCGGAGAGCUGCCCGUGCCGCGGUCCGUGCCCGGCGCGCAGCAUGCGCUGCUGAUGGCCGCGGCGGGGACCAAGGGCUGUCCGGACCGGGACCGGGACCGGGACCGCGCGGCCAUGGCCCUGCAGCAGCCGCCCCUCGCCCCCCGGGCGGGCCCGGCCCCGGCGCUCUACAUCCACAGCAUGCCCGCCUGGGUGCUGGAGGACUUCUGCCAGAAGAUGGACUGCCUGAGCGACUACGACUGGAUGCGAUUCGCCUCCUAUGUGAUCACUGAUCAAACAGAGCUACGGAAAAUCAAGUGCAUGGAGAAGACAGGGAUCAGCAUCACAAGGGAGCUCAUGUGGUGGUGGGGAGUGAGGCUGGCAACAGUGCAGCAGCUCCUGGACCUGCUGCAAGGGCUGCAGCUUUACCGAGCGGCUCAGGUCAUCCUGGACUGGACAUCAGCCUCUAGCGUCACCAGCCCUGAGAAAGAAGAGCCAGAGCCAGGCAAACAGAUAAUAUCCGUACCUCCCACAGAAGGCAAAAGGAGAGACAAAGAAAAUGCCAUAAGUCUGUUGCCAUCCCCAGGCUCCUCACACCUGGGAGCAGUCCCAUCAGGCAUUUCAGGUGUUGUUUCUGAAGGAGCCUUAUACUCCCUCCCUGCUCCACCACCUCCCCCGAGAGACCUUUUGAAUUCCCUACAGUCCAAUCCUCCUGUUCUAUCAAGUGUGAAGCCCUGCAGCUCUUCUACUCCUCAGCAGGAGACGAUGGCUGAUCUCCCUAGCGGGAGUCUCCUGUGGACCCAGAAGGAAAUUGCUAAUGCCACCAACAGUUUCAGUGACAAGAACAGAAUCUGUGAAGGUACUUUUGCAGAUGUCUACAAAGGUCAGAGGAACAACAUGGUGUUUGUCAUCAAAAGACUCAAAGAGCUGGAAUGCACAAGCCCAGAUUCCACCCAGAGGUUCUUUCAUACAGAAGUGCAGAUUUGCUUUCGGUGUUGUCACAUAAACAUUCUGCAGCUGCUGGGGUUCUCGGUGGAAACUGGAUCGCACUGUCUGAUAUAUCCAUACUUGCCCAAUGGCUCCCUGCAAAACAAGCUUCAGUGCCACGAUGAUUCUGCUCCACUAACCUGGGAGAUGCGAAUUAGCAUUUCUUUAGGAGUUGUCAGAGCAGUGGAGUAUUUGCAUAAUUUUGGAAUUCUUCAUGGGAAUAUCAAGAGCUCAAAUGUCUUGUUGGAUGAAAACUUUACACCAAAGCUUGGGCAUUCUGGACUGCGGCUGCAUUCUUCUGAUAAAAAAUCAGAAUAUGCCGUGAUGAAAACCAAAGUCCUACAGGCUUCUCUUACUUACUUGCCAGAAGAUUUUGUCAGACAUGGGCAGUUAACAGAAAAAGUGGAUAUAUUCAGCUGUGGUGUGGUCUUAGCAGAGAUACUGACUGGGAUUAAGGCACUGGAUGAAGACAGACACCCGAUUUACCUGAAAGAUAUGAUUGCCGAUGAAAUUCAAACAGCAAAAGAAAGCUCAGACUCCAAAGUAAAAAAUUUGGAAAAACUGGCUGCCAAGGAAAUCUGCUGCAAAUACCUAGACAGAAAAGCAGGACACUUGCUGGAAGAGGUGGCUGUUGAUUUUGCAUCAGCCAUCUGCCUUUGCCUGAGAAAGAAGAAUUCAAACAUAGUAGAGGUACGUGAAAUUAUGGAAAUGGCUGAAAACAAAUUAAAAGAGCAUUACAUCUGUGGAAGCAGCACUUCUGGAUUCUCCAUGAACACUCCAGAAGAAACUGAUGAUGAGACAGCCAGUGUGAGCAUGGAUGUGCUUUCUGCAGUGGGGAAUAAAGAGGAGAGCACCCAGGCAGCAGUCGUGAGCAGUGGCAGCCCCUGCGCGCCUUCCGUGGGAGCUGUGCCACCCGACACCUACAUGUCUCGGGUCCCUUGUGAAUCAGAUGAGUCCAGCUGUUUCAUAUGGAAUCCUCCAGAAAAACCCACCGAGGAGUUACCUAGCCACAAGUGUACCAAUUCAGAAAAAGUGGCAGGCUGUGAUGACAGGGUCACGCAGGGAAAGCCUGCCCAGGGACUGCAGGAGAGAAGCCUGGCAUGCGCCAGAGGCGAUGGCAUCCUGGAGACAGCAGCUGCUGCACAGGGCACCUGUCCGCAGGGAAACACAGAGCUGGACUCUUCAUGUGCUCCACAAGCCUUAGCCAGAGAGACAUCUUGGAAAAUACAGAUAAAUGAUCAAAAAAAGAAGCUCAUGGAAAAUAUUUUGCUGUAUGAAGAGGACAAAUUAAACAGUUCUGAACUAUUUGAAUCAUAAAUUGGAUGGAUUAAUUAGCAGUGGCCAGCUCAGAAGAAGAAAUAAGGACUGUCUCCUCAUUAGAAAGACGGUAAAGUGCACCUUUCAUGUAAGAUUAGGUAGCAGGUUUCGAUCAGGAACACUAGCCCUGAAUGAAGGAAACAAGAAGUACCACAUAGAGAAGCACAGAAAAUACCUGUUCUAUAGCAGAUUAAAGCACAGUCAGUCCCUCUCUGUACACAGAAAUGCUGUCUGCCUUUUCAUCUGCAGUGUGAAAAGGAAUGGCAAACGCAAGUGCCAUAAUAAUUUGUGAUUGAUUUGCAGUGUGUUUCAGGAAGCAUCUGUGGGUGUCAUUAAUCCACAGUCCCAGGAGUUGCAGAGCAAAUGCUGACCAGUGGCAGGCAGCAAUGCCCUGUGCUGUUUUCCCACUGUGUGCAGCAGACAGGAAUCCUCAGAGCUGCUGGGGAGGUUUGCCAGUUCUGUACUGUUCCCUACAAUCUUAGUCCACACACCCAGAACCACUGCAUUACCAGAGAGGGAUCUUUAUGCAAGUUCUCAGAUUGUUGUACAGCUUCAUCUCGGUUUGAACUGCACUGACCACAGGUGUAGCUAAUUAACUUCAGCCACUUUCCUCUACUCUCUGAGCUUCCCUCCACAUACACAUGUGACACCACUUAAGUCCAACCUUUCAGUUCACUGUUGGGAGCUCUAAGACCAUGUUUAAUACUUCAUAGGAGUAUUUGUGGGAAUGAUUUUUUUUCUAAGUGUCCUUUACAUGGAAAUGUUUCUCAUUGUGUUUCACAUGGUAACUGUUGUAUAUUUUAGAUUAGAGAAAAGAUUUUAAUUUAAAAUAGCUUUGAUUUUUUUAUAGGACACUUGAGACAUAAUUUGUUGUAUUUAUUUUUGCAAUGGGUAAAAUAUAAGCUAAUAAGGGGACUUGUUGAUGGUUCCACACUCACCAGGCAUUCUCAGAGGAAUCCUUGUGAGUGUUCCUUAGUUGCAGGAGCAGUAGGAGCCUUGGUUUCUGGCCCAGGGAUCACAUACAAAAGAAAAAAUAGAAACUUUUAUGCUGAUGUAUUUAUGAUCAAGUGAAAGCCCCCUUAAGAAAGUAUCACUUUUGUUUUUAUGAUAUUUAUUAUUUUUAUUAUUGCUAGCAUAUUCCACUUGUGUGCAGUCUAGGGAAAAACAGGUUUAUGAGGGACCAAAAGAAUUAUCAGAGUGUGUAGCUCAGUUUACAGACAGGUGAGCUGCCUGGUGAGCAUGGGGAACAGGGCCUGAUGUGCAGAAAUGGCUGCAAUUCACAGUGCAGUUCAGGGAACAAUAAUAAAAUUAAUUAUAUGUAAUUAUUUUCAGUGGAAUUGUAUCCUAGUAUAUAUUCCUAGCUUUACACAAAGGCCUCACACCUUCUAUUUUUGUACAGUACCUAGUUCAUUGUAUGUAUUAUUAUGAGCAAGUAAAAGUAUUUUAGCUAAAGACCUGAGUACUGGAGUUAUCUACACAUUUCUCAAGUUAUUCUCUACACUAAAAACUGGUAAAAUUCCUUAAUUAUAAGUGCCUUGGAUACUGCCUUUGUAUUUACAUAGUUUGUUUUUAUUUUACCAGAAUCAAACCAAGAUAAGAUUAGUACUGACAUAAGAAACAUUGUAUACUCAGAUUGGUCAAUAACCACUUAAUUCUACAGGAGAUUUAUCAAGAUACUUUAUGGCACUGAAAAUGUAAUAUUGUUUUUUACUGGUAUAUUCUGGGAGAGCCGUGGUAAAAUCCUCGUGUCUUCUCCAGAAAGGAAUGCACAUGGAUAUGCUGCUGAAUGGGAAACCUGGGAGUUUUAAACUGAGAAAUGUAGUUUGUACACAGUUCUAUUUCAAGAAAGUGCUUUAGAGGUUUUGUUCUCCUGUAGUCACCAAAUGGAAUUGUUAUUCUUCGUCUUGUACCCUGAUAGUUUUAAAAUAUUCUGAGGUGAUUUAGGUAGCCAUACAGAUUACCUAAGUAUUUAGUAUGGCAUAUAUAAGACACUGUGUGAUCUUACAUUAACACUGUUAUGUAAAUUGGCAGUUCAUAAGCCAGUUUAUGCAUUACCAUUUACUAGUAGCUUUUUGAAUAAAAAAACUUGAAAAAUUC